UUUCACAAAGUUGCUUGACAUCAAAACUUUUAUCCUUACAUGCUUCACUGAUCCUGUGGCGAUGAAAAUUGACAUCCAUAGUCAUAUUCUACCAAAAGAAUGGCCAGAUCUAGAAAAGAGGUUUGGCUAUGGAGGCUGGGUGCAGCUCCAACACCACAGCAAGGGAGAAGCAAAGAUGUUGAAAGAUGGGAAGGUCUUCAGAGUGGUGCAAGAGAAUUGCUGGGAUCCAGAAGUUCGUGUUAGAGAAAUGGACCAAAAAGGAGUAACAGUGCAAGCCCUUUCCACAGUUCCUGUCAUGUUUAGCUACUGGGCCAAACCUCAGGACACUUUAAACCUAUGCCAGCUUUUAAACAAUGACCUUGCCACCACCGUUGCGAACUACCCCAGGAGGUUUGUGGGUCUGGGGACGUUGCCCAUGCAGGCCCCUGAGCUGGCAGUCAAGGAGAUGGAGCGCUGUGUGAAAGAGCUGGGCUUUCCUGGGGUCCAAAUUGGCUCCCACGUCAACGAGUGGGACCUGAACGCGCGGGAGCUCUUUCCUGUCUAUGCGGCAGCUGAAAGGCUGAAGUGUUCCUUGUUCGUGCAUCCCUGGGACAUGCAGAUGGAUGGACGAAUGGCCAAAUACUGGCUCCCUUGGCUCAUAGGAAUGCCAACAGAGACCACAAUAGCCAUUUGUUCCAUGAUCAUGGGUGGAGUGUUUGAGAAGUUUCCUAAACUGAAAGUGUGUUUCGCACAUGGCGGUGGUACCUUCCCCUUCACAGUGGGAAGAAUCUCCCAUGGAUUUAGCAUGCGCCCAGAUCUGUGUGCCCAGGACAACCCAACGAACCCAAAGAAAUACCUCGGUUCCUUUUACACAGAUGCUUUGGUUCAUGAUCCUCUGUCCCUCAAGCUGUUAACAGAUGUCAUAGGAAAGGACAAAGUGAUUUUGGGAACUGAUUACCCCUUUCCACUAGGUGAGCUGGAACCUGGGAAACUAAUAGAGUCCAUGGAAGAAUUUGAUGAAGAAACAAAGAAUAAACUCAAAGCUGACAAUGCCCUGGCAUUUUUGGGUCUUGAGAGAAAACGAUUUGAAUGACUGAAUUUACUACAAAGGCAAACUUUCAAAUGAAUAUCUCAUUUUUGUUUUUAAAUAUGUAUCAACAGGCAUUAACAAAAUCCUAUUUUACUCAGAAAUAGAAUGUCUCAAAUAUCCUAAAUUAUUCAUAACAAAAAUGAUUCAUAAGUUUUCAUUCUGAAAAGCAGUACAUUAUUUCAUGUGCAAAUCAAAAAUGAUUUCCCCAGUGCCCUUUUAAUUAAUCUGAGGAAAUACAAAAUAAAAUGUCAAUAAUGAUUUAUAUGGAGAAAGAUUCAUCCUAGAGAGCUCAGGUAGGUUGUCCAUUUUGAAUAAAGAGAUGUGAAUUGGACUCAAAUAACCUGUUCCAUCCACCUUUAAACACUUACCAUUAGCCCAGAAUUGGGCUGGAAAUGCUUUAGCCUCCCCAAAAUAAAUAACAUGAAUUUAGAAUAUCCAUAACCUCAGGGAGCUUCCAAUUAAGGACUUAAGACAUGUUCAUGGAAUAAUUACUAAGCUAUAAAUUUGACUUUGAGUAUCAAUGAAGUUUCAUUAAGAGGAAUUACUUUGGCCUAAAACUGUUGAGCAGAUCUUCACAGAGAUUGGAACUUGAGAGUACAGGAGAUGAAUAUGGCAUUUUUAAGGUUAGAGGAUGAGUAACAGGAAGGCAAAACUAUGGGAACACAGCUGUGGUUUCAGAGUGAAUGAGACAUCCAUUUUGGAGAAAAGUUUUUGUCUAUAAUUUUACUUCUACCAGAAGCUCUUUUUAUUUAAAAUACUGAGCAGAAUAUAUAAAGCUAGCUCUGGAAAGUUAAUAGGGUAAUACGAGGGUAGCCUUGUUUUAACCAUUUCAUUUACAGCCCCACUUGGGCUGCUGAAAAGGAACUUGGUCCUGGAAUGGUUGAUGAACAUCUAUGAUUCAUCUACCUCUGGCUGAACUCUAAAAUCAAACAUGAUUUUUCAAAACUACCCUCUUGCUUUGGAUUCAUUCAUACUUCUUUUCCCUUCCAUUCAUCUAGAAAAUCAAGAGUUGAGUAUUCAAAAUGCCAAGGGACAAAAGAGAGAAUAGAAAUUAAAAAUAAAAAGAGUUGAGUAUUAACAUGUAAUUUGUGCUGACCCCUCUCCAGAAUAAAGAUGAGAUCUAAUUCUUA